AUGGAUAGUGGAAAUGCUUUUGAUCAAAUUGCACCAAGCUAUGCAACUUCAUCUCGUUCUGCGCUUCAAUGUGACAUUUUUAUUAAUCAUCGGGGAGUCGAUGUGAAACACAAAAUUGCUAGCACAUUCUUCCAUACACUUGAUCUGUUGGGAUUGCGGGCAUUUCUCGAUGUAGAAGUAAUUGAGGCCGGCGAUGUCAUUCCCCUAGAGAUACAAGCAGCAAUAACUCAUGCAUCCCUUCAUAUAGCCAUUUUUUCCACCAACUAUGCCCAAUCCCCCUGGUGUUUGGCUGAGCUAUCCUUCAUGCUCAAAACAGGCACAAAAAUAAUUCCCAUUUUCUAUUAUGUUGACCCCUCUGACCUCAGAUGGAUUACUCAGGAGAAAGGAAUCUAUGCAGAUGCAUUCUCACAGCAUGAAAAGAAGGGUAGAUACACGCCAGAGAAGCUUCAAGAGUGGAUGAAAGCGCUCCACGACGUGUCAUUUCUCGAGGGUCAUAAAAUUAAUGAUUACAGCGGGGAUGAGGGAAGGGUGUUGAAGAAUGUAGUAAAUUGUGUAGUAAAAGCCAUGAAAAGAGUUCCAUUAGAGGUAGCCAAAUAUCCUGUUGGAAUGGACGAGGUUGUAACAAACUUCGAGAGAAAUGCAGUCCAAUCUGCGCAGAAACACCACAAUGUAAAAAUUCAGGGGAUUGUGGGCAUGGGAGGCAGUGCGCAAAAUGAUUUGCACAACAAGCAAAAAAAACUUCUCCAGGAUCUUCUCCAUAUCUCGGAUUUGUCAUUGGGUAACGUAGAGGAUGGGAAAAGAAUUUUGUCAAAUCGUUUGAGAUAUGUUCGUGCUCUUAUUGUUUUAGAUGAUGUUGAUCACAUAGACCAGCUUGAUGCUCUACUGCCAAAUCUCAACAACCUUGGAUCUGAUAGCCUUGUGAUUGUCACAACUAGGGAGCUGGGAGUCCUUGCGUCAUGGGAUAUCUAUUCAAUAUAUAAAAUGCCAGAAUUGAACGACUCGCGAGCAAGGCAGCUUUUCUGUUGGCACGCAUUCUUGCAUCCCUCUCCACCCUCUGGAUUUGAAACUUUGGUUGAAAGAUUCUUAAAAGUUUGCAAUGGGUUACCCCUGUCUCUUAAGGUGUUAGGUGGACAGUUACAUGGAAGAGAAUCUAAAGAUUACUGGCGAUCUCAACUAAAUAAAAUAUCAAGAAUAUUGCCUAGCGACAUCAUAAAAAGGCUAAAAGUAUGCUUUGAUGCGCUGGAUAGGGAAGAGCAAGAGAUGUUUUUGGAUGUAGCUUGUUUUCUAAUUGGACAGGCGAAAAGUGUGGCCAUCGCACUGUGGGAUGGCUCCGGUUGGAGUGGUCUGCAUGGUUUGGAAACACUUGUGAAUAAGUGUCUAGUCGAGCUGAUUUACGACAAAGCUAAUCACACAGAGAAAAUAAGGAUGCACGAUCAUCUUCGUGAUAUGGGGAGAGAGAUUGCAACUACACACUCGCCAAACCGUUAUUGGUCUUCACAGCAGAUUCUCAACAUUCACAAACAUUCUGGGGAAAGAAUGCCGAUAAGGGGGAUAAGUUCUGAAACUUUGAAGUCGGAAUUCUUUUUGAAGACGUUCGUGGGAAACUCAAGGAGAGGGUUUAAACGUCUUAGAUCUUCCCUUGCUUCACAGAUUCUUCUCGUUAGUGGAAAUGAAUUGACAGAAGAAAUUGUAUCAUUAUCACAAGACCUUGUGUGGCUUUGUUGGGAUAGGUUUCCGCACAGGAAUCUUCCUUCAUGGGUCAAAUUCACAAGUUUGACUGUAUUGCAGAUUUCUGAUGGAGACAUAGAAGAGCUAUGGGGAGACAAUGUGGACCCUCCUUUGAAGCUUAUAGAGCUGGAUUUUACUUCUAGCUGGAAGCUGCAAAGGUUUCCCACUUCAAUAGGGCGUCUUAAGCAUUUGAAAAGAAUAAUAUUUGACAAUCGAUGGGAUAGAAGAUCUCCCUGUAGCAGUCUACCAGAAGAGUUUUGUGAUCUCCAAUCUCUAGAGCACUUGGUGUUAAAGUCUUUUGAAAGCCUACCUUCGCUACCGGCUCGUUUUGGAGAGUUAAAAAAUCUGCGUCAUAUAAAUUUGAGUCGUUGCUCAGAGUUGAAGAAGCUGCCAGUUUCUUUUAAGCAUCUGAUACAUUUGGAGUUUCUGGAUCUGUCAUAUUGCAUAAAGCUCAAGCUUAGGUCAGACAUGCUGGUACUAGAAGAGUUGCCUUCUCAAAUUACAAAUCAGUUUUCUUUGAAAAGACUCACUGCAAAAGCUACCAGCUUAAGGUGUAUUCCAAAUGACAUUGGUCUACUACGCAAGUUGACUAAACUAUCAAUUGGUAGCAACCUGUUGACCACCUUGCCAACUUCUCUUGGAAACUUAUCCUGCUUGACAAAUCUUUUUAUUUGUUGCCCGCUGUUGACAAGCUUACCAGCUUCUCUUGGAAGCUUGUCCAGCUUGACAUCUUUCCAUAUUUUUGAUGGAAAGAAAUUGGAAGAUAUACCUCACUGGGUCUGGGGCCUUAAACUCUUAGGGAGAGUAACAAUAAAAUGUCCAGGCAUCAGAGAGUUGCCUUUUCGAGCAGGGGAUUUUGCACUUCACAAACUGGAAUCUAUAGAUUUAUCUGAGACAGGUUUGUCCGAAAUAUCCAUAUCUGAAGAUUGUUGUCCCAACCUUAAGGAUGUGACUAUUUCUGACAAUGCCCAAUUGAUGGAGAUCACAUGCUUGCCGACAACAAUUAACACAAUAUCAUUGCGUAACUGUAAUGUGCUGAAAAACAUUAGGUGUAUUGGAGGUGUGGUAAACCUUCGUGAACUGCUUAUGUGUAAGUGUUGGGAGUUAAAUGAGCUCCCAACUUUUGCACUUCUGAUUCUCCUCAAGGAAUUUAAAACAAUUAAUUGCCCAAAAGUUACCAGAGUAGAAGGCAUCCAAUAUUGCAGCUCAUUGGCAAGUUUUACAAUGCUUUUUUGCCCCAAAGUUUCCAGAAUAGAAGGUAUCCAACAUUGCAGAUCAUUAAAGAAGUUAAAAGUAAAAACCAGUUGGGAGUUACCAGAAAUUCAGAGUUUGGGGAAGAUAGAUAGAUUGGAAGAAUUGAGUAUCACGUGUCUCAACAUGUCAGCUAUAAAGCCUUUUGUUCAGUCUCUAAAGGAAUGUUCCUGCUGGAUGGAGAUAGAAGGAAGAGUGUCUGGUUUUUUGCAACCAAUUUUGAACUCUUUGGAGUUUCCCGAUCUUAUAGUAAUGGAUUGGGAGAAGGUGUACUUUCCUGAUUUGAACCAGCUAUUAUUGUACUUUCCGAAUUUCUUGUGUUUUCCAAUUCAUUAUAUUCAUGAGGAGGAGAAUUAUUUUGAGGAGAAAGAGGAAGAAGAGGAGGACGGGGAGAAGGAUGAGGAAGUGGAAGAGGAAGAGGAGAAGGAUGAGAACGAGGAAGGUAAUAAAGAAGAUGAAGAAAAGAAGGAAGAUCAUUUUGAAAAGAACACAUACGUACAUAUAGCCCUGUUCAGACAAGCUUCAGAAUAUGAGGCUAUUGAGUACUUCGAAUCCAGAUCUGAUGAGUACUUCCAUGAUUAUUAUUUAUCUAAGAGAAAAGCAAUGGUAGUGGCAGCUGAAGAAGCAAAAGUUGUUGAGGCUUUCUACAAAAUAUUAGCACUUCUGGAAUAG